AUGAGGGCAAGCGAAUUUAUCCAAUUCUUCGCCUUCGGCGGGCUGCAAGUAGUUGCUGCCGCUGCCACAAACAAUGGCGGUGAUGGCUUGGCAAAAUGUCCUGGAUACAAGGCUUCCAAUGUGAAGAAGACGAGCAACGGAAUCAAAGCAGAUUUGCAUCUUGCCGGUCCAAAGUGCAACGUGUACGGCAAGGACUUGGAUAACCUGAAGCUUGACGUUACUGUUGAAACAUCGGACCGUAUUCAUGUCAAGAUUUAUGACGCUGCGGAACAAGUCUACCAGGUUCCGGAGUCCGUGUUCCCUCGCCCCAAGCCAGGCAAGGCCAGUAACGCGGCCUUGAAAUUUGACUACAAGGAGAACCCAUUCUCCUUCAAAAUCAGCCGUUCCAAGACCAACGAAGUUCUCUUUGACUCGUCUGCUGCAGGUUUAGUGUUUGAGGACCAGUAUCUUCGGUUGAGGACUCACCUGCCCACGGAUGCCAACCUGUAUGGCUUGGGAGAACACUCCGACUCCUUUCGGCUACAGACCACCAACUACACACGCACCUUGUGGAACGCUGAUACUCCUUCCAUCCCUAAUAAUUGGAAUCUCUACGGUACUCAUCCUAUUUACAUUGAGCACCGCGAAAAAGGAUCCCACGGCGUCUUUUUACUCAACUCCAAUGGCAUGGACGUCAUCAUCGAUAAGGACCACUCUGGCCAGUACCUGGAGUAUAAUACCCUGGGCGGCGUGUUUGACUUUUACUUCUUGGCCGGGCCAACACCCAUCGAAGUAACCAAGCAGUAUUCCGAAAUCACCGGCCUUUCAGUUACAGUACCCUACGCUGGCCUUGGUUUCCACCAGUGCCGAUGGGGCUACCAGGACGUUUUCAACGUCGCCGAAGUUGUAUACAAUUACAGCAAAGCCGGCAUUCCUCUCGAAACCAUGUGGACCGAUAUCGACUACAUGGACGGGCGAGCUAUCUUCUCCGUAGACCCCCAGCGAUUCCCCAUGAGCAAAAUGCGCGAGCUGGUAGCCCAUCUGCACGCCAACAAGCAAAAGUUCGUCCUGAUGGUUGACCCUGCCGUCGCGGCCAAAAACUACGGCCCGUACAACAACGGAGUCAAGGACGACAUCUUCCUCCUCAACUCCACCAAGCAGACCUUCCACGGCGUCGUGUGGCCCGGCCUGACUGCCUAUCCGGACUGGUUCUCCAACGGCGUCCAGGAGUACUGGAACAAGGAAUUCGCUGAAUUCUUUUCUCCGCAAACAGGCAUCGACAUCGACUACCUGUGGAUCGAUAUGAACGAACCGUCCAACUUUUGCGAUUUCCCAUGUCUUGACCCUGUGGAGGCUGCUAAACAGUACCCUCCGCCGCCGCCACCAGUCCGUAACCCGCCAAGAGAACUACCAGGGUGGCCGUGCGAUUUCCAACCGGCCGGCACGAACUGCAAGCGAAGGGAAGCAGAGCAGCCAUUAUCAGUUGAGAAGAAAACAUCCGUCGACAGUGGCGUGGAUACCCGCGCAGAAGGUGUCCCAUCCACCUCUUCCAACAAGUGGAAAGGUCUGCCAGGCCGUGAACUCAUCUCUCCUCCGUAUGCCAUCCACAACGCCUACGGACCACUACCCCAAAAGAGCAUCAACACCAGUCUCAUCCACCACAACGGCCUCACGCUCUUCGACACACACAACCUCUACGGGACCAUGAUGUCCGCCGCAUCCCGCAAGGCCAUGCUCGCUCGACGCCCCUCCAGCCGACCACUCGUCAUUACGCGUUCCACCUUCGCCGGCGCAGGCUCCCACGUCUCGCACUGGCUGGGCGACAACGACUCCGACUGGCCGCACUACCAGUGGAGUAUCCGCCAAAUGUUACAGUUCAACUCCAUCUUCCAGGUAUCAAUGGUUGGCUCAGAUGUCUGCGGCUUCAACAAGGAUACGACGGAAGAGCUCUGUGCCAGAUGGGCCAUGUUGGGUGCCUUCCAGCCGUUCUAUCGUAACCACAAUGCAGAGGGCCAAGUCGAUCAGGAGUUCUACCUAUGGAAGUCAGUCACCAAAGCUGCAAAGAAGGCCAUUGACAUUCGGUACAGAUUACUCGACUAUUUCUACACUGCGAUGAUGCAGCAGAGCACGGAUGGAACACCAGCGCUCAACCCCAUGUUUUAUCUGUACCCCAACGAUAAGAACACAUUCGGGCUAGAAUUGCAAUUCUUCUGGGGCCCGUCGCUGCUCGUCGCGCCAGUUACACAGGAGGGAUCUACAAGCGUGGAUGUAUAUCUCCCCGACGACAUCUUCUACGACUUCUACACCCACGAGCAGAUUCGCGGACAAGCAAAGACAAUCACUAUGAAGGACCAGGCGAUCACGGACAUCCCGCUCUUCCUGCGCGGUGGCGUCAUAGUUCCCCUGCGUGUCAAGUCCGCCAUGACGACGGACGAGCUGCGCAGCCAGGAUUUCGAACUGUUGGUUCCGCUGGGCAAGGACGGUAGUGCCAAGGGAUCGCUGUACCUGGACGAUGGGGAUAGUUUGGACCCCAAGGAGAAGUCUCACAUUGAAUUCGAGUACAACAAGGGCCGGCUUGUUGCCAAGGGCACGUUUGGAUACAAGACCAAGGCGAAACUGGCAAAGAUUACACUUCUGGGCGUCACUGGUUCCCAGGCCGCCAGGGCGACCAAGUCGGUGACUGUGGAUAAGCAGCUUUCAGAGUCCUUUACUGUAGAUCUGUAA